ACAAGCUUAGUUUCCCUGUUUUUUUUAUCACAAAAAAAAAAGAAAAGAAAAGACAAUGGCUUCGGCACUCAGGUUCUUAACAUGCCUUGUGACUGUGUUCAUAGUUGCAUCAGUAGGUGCAGCAAUCUCAUGUGGCACAGUGGUACAAAGCGUGAGUCCUUGUAUCAAAUACCUAACGGGACGUGGGGAUCUGUCGCCUGCAUGUUGUGGGGGAGUGAGAGAUUUGAAUGCUAUUGCUCGAACCACACCGGACCGUCAAGUAGCAUGCGAAUGCCUACAGGCCGUUGCUAAAAAGAUUCCUGGUUUCAACCCAAUUAGAGCCUCUGACCUUCCUGGAAAGUGUGGUGUUAGCCUUCCCUUUCCCAUCUCCAUAAGUACUAACUGCGACAACGUCAAGGGAAGUGGAACUCAUAUGUCAUCGUGAGGAUGAAUAAUACAUGGUGUACAAUAAAAAAUAAAAAGAUAAAGUAUUAUGAAAAGGUCUACGUACGCUGAGCUCAGCAUUCCCCUACAUUGUCUUGUUUUUUAUUCUGUUGUUGUAAAGUUUGUCAUGUUACUUUGUAAUAUUUUGAUCUAGAUUGUAUCUUAAUUAUGUUUAUGAUAUAAUAAUAAUAAAAAAUUAGGAUAGACCUAAAAAGCUUUUAU